GGGUUGGAGGACUAACAUAAACGGAAGCUGGGACACUCUGUGAGCCUGGAGAAGUUGGAAGGAGCCAAAGUCAGCAGUACUGAGGGUCCAUUCCCGGUUUUUGCUGUACUGUGGAGAAUCCCGUGGUGCAGACCUGGGUGCGGAGGACACGGCGGGGUGUCGCGGGGACCUGAAAUCUCCCCGGAGCCGCAGUCGUCGCGCGGGGCGGCCUGGGAAAGUCACCAGUCAGCAGCGCAGUGGCGGGAACCGCAGCCCGGCGGCCCUGGAACCUCCCAGACCCCUUGAUUUGAAAGGGAAGCAACCAUCUCUUCAUUGUUCCUGAAAGAGAAACUCAAAGAAGAGAAACAGUUAGAAAUGGCUGAUUCUCCAGUAAACAUGUUGCAGAACCUGUUGACAUUCCGGGAUGUGACUAUUGACUUCCCCCAGGAGGAGUGGGAAUGCCUGGACUCUGCUCAGAGGGCUUUGUACAUUGAUGUGAUGGUGGAGAAUUACAACAACCUGGUCUUUGUGGAGAACUAUUGCAAAUGUGAUCCUGUCCAUCAACAUGUGAAGACUGAAAAGGAGUCUUAUCAGUGUAAUGAACUUGGCAAGGUGCUUCAUGACCCAUCCAUAUGUGCACUUUAUAAAACAAGUGAAACUACAGAAAACUCUAAUAACUCAAGAUACAGUAAUCACAGGGAUGCCUCUAUUGACUCAUCAAAUUCAGAUAGAUAUGAAAGCAUGCACACUGGAGAAGAACCUUGCAGGUUAAAAAACUAUGAGAAAUCCUUAAAUUUGUAUUCCAACAUUGCUCAAGAUCAGAGACUCUACACUGCAAAGAAAGAGCACAGGCAGGGAGAAUAUGAUGACUAUAUCUGCUCUUCAUACAACUUUUUGCAAAAAAACCCAGUCUACAUUGGUGAGAAACCAUACCAUUGGGGGGAAUGUGGGAAAUGCUUCAGUACUGCCUCAGGCCUCACGGAACAUGAGAGAAUUCAUACUGGAAUUAAACCCUACAAGUGCAACGUUUGUGAAAAAUCCUUUAACCAGAGUUCAGGUCUUCAAAUACAUCAAAGACUUCUUACUGGGGAGAAACCUUACAAAUUCGAAGAAUUAGGAAAGUCAUUUCGUCAGUUGUCAGCACUUAAAAGCUACCAGAAAAGGCAUACAGGAGAGAAACCUUACAAAUGUAAGGAAUGUGACAAAUCCUUUGCCCACUCUUCUACUCUAAAGAAACAUCAGAAAAUGCAUACUGCUGGGAGACAUUAUACUUAUCAAGAAUGUGGCAAGGUCUUUCAUCAGCUUUCACAUUUUAGAAGGCAUUACAGACUCAAUGGAGAGAAGCUUUACAAGUGCAGUGACUGUGACAGAUCCUUCCCUAAAUUAUCACUUCUUAACAGGCAUUACAUAAUCCAUUCUGGUGAAAAACCUUACCAAUGUGAGGUAUGUGACAAAUCCUUUACCUUGAACUCAACCCUUAGAAGACAUCAGAAAAUUCAUACUGGGGAGAAACCUUACAAAUGUAUGGAAUGUGAUAAGUCCUUUAACCGGGACUCACAUCUUAAAAUACAUCAGAGAGUUCAUACUGGAGAGAGACCUUACAGUUGUCAGGAAUGUGACAAAUCUUUUGCCCAAUCUUCUGGUUUAAGGACACAUCAGAAAAUUCAUACUGGAGAGAAACUUCACAAAUGCAAAGACUGUGACAUGUCCUAUAUCCAUAUUGCAAGUCUUAAAAUACAUCAGAGAGUUCAUACUGGAGAGAGACCUUACAGUUGUAAGGAAUGUGACAAAUCCUUUACCAGUUGCUCACAUCUUAAAAGACAUCAGAGUGUUCAUACUGGGGAGAAACCUUACAAAUGUAUGGUAUGUGACAGGUCUUAUACUAGCUGCUCAUAUCUUAGAGAACAUCAGAAAAGUCAUACUGGAGAGAAACUUCACAAAUGCAAAGACUGUGACAUAUCCUUUAUCCAUAUAGUAAGUCUUAGAAAACAUCAGAGAGUUCAUACUGGAGAGAGACCUUACAGAUGUAAGGAAUGUGACAAAUCCUUUGCCAAUUGCUCAGAUCUUACAAGACACCGGAGAGUUCAUACUGGGGAGAAACCUUACAAAUGUAUGGAAUGUGACAAGUCCUUUACCCUUCGAGCAAAUCUUAGAAGACAUCUGAGUGUUCACACUGGGGGGAAACUUUACAAACGUAUGGAAUACGAGAAGUCCUUUACCCAUGACUCAAGUCUUAGAAAAUAUCAGAGAGUUAAUACUGGAGAGAGACGUUACAGUUGUCAGGAAUGUGACAAAUCUUUUGCCUACUCUUCUGGUUUAUGGAGACAUCAGAAAAUCCAUAAUGGAGAGAAAAAAUAAAAAUGCAAAAACUGAUGCAUCCUUUAUCCAUAUUUUGAAGCUUAGGAAAUAUUAGAAAAUUCAUACUUUAGAGAAACAUACAAGUCACAACAGUAUACCAAAUGGAAACAGCAAGAUAAGAAACUUGUGAAAGUCAUUGAAGUUUUAAAUUUUAAAAAAAAUCCUAGAGUUUAUAUUAAAAUAAAAUUCUGCAAUGUAAAUGGAAA